UCCAGGUGGAGGAUGUUCUGCUGGAGGAACAUCUCUUUUGUUUCCAUUGCUACUGUCCGUGUCUGUGCGUCACGAACAGAGUAAAUGGAGAACUAUUCGCUCCUGAAGGUCAUCGGGGAAGGCUCGUUCGGCCGCGCCGUGUUAGUGCGCUGCAAAAGCAGUCAAGAACAUUAUGUGAUGAAAGAAGUCCAGCUGCCAAAGAAUCGGCCCAAACUGGAGAAUUCAAGGAGAGAAGCCAUCCUGCUGUCCACAAUGAAACAUCCUCAUAUUGUGGCCUUCAGGGAGGCAUUUGAAGCUGAUGACCUCCUGUGCAUCGUGAUGGAGUACUGCAGCAGAGGAGAUCUGCUCCGGAGGAUACAGCAUCAGAAAAACACCCAGUUCUGCCUGGAUAAUAUUCUGAAGUGGUUCGCUCAGAUGUGUGUGGGUGCAAAGCAUAUCCACGACAAGCAGGUUCUGCACAGAGAUCUGAAGUCCAAGAACAUUUUCCUCACAGAUAAUGGGACAAUCAAGCUGGGAGAUUUUGGCUCUGCGUGUAUCCUGAACAGCUCAAAGGCUUAUGCUCGUACAUAUGUUGGGACCCCGUAUUAUGUGGCACCAGAAAUCUGGGACAACAGGCCGUACAACAAUAAGAGUGACGUGUGGUCUCUGGGCUGCGUCCUCUACGAGCUCUGCACGCUGCGCCACCCGUUCCAGGCCCCGAGCUGGAAGAGCCUGAUUCUGAAGGUGUGUCGGGGAGCGUACCCCCCCCUGCCGAGCCGCCUGCCCUACGAGCUGCACCACCUGGUCAAGCAGAUGUUUAAGACCGACCCCAGAGACCGGCCGUCGCUGCACACCAUCCUGACCUCGCACCGGGCGUCCCGGCUGCUGCGGACACAUCUGCCCCCUCAGGCCGGAGUGGCGGAGGAGCGGCCGGGGCGGACCAAGCGGUGGAACAGGGAGGAGGGGGAGAAGGUGCUCCGUCUCCUGGGAGACAAGAGCUUAAUGAAAACAGAGACUUUACAAGGUGGAGAAUUCCCCCAGAGCAGCAGUGAGGGCGGCGAGCCCCGCCCUCGGAAGCGGUGGCCCGCCGAGCCGUCGGACUCCAUCGUGCAGGAGUUGGCGAGCCGCAGCCCGCUCUCCGACAGCCUGACGUCAAACGCCUCUGAUACCAGCACACAGCGUGCGUCCGAGGAGCCUGAGCACCGGCGGCCGAGGAGACGGUGGGAGCCGGAACCUCCGGAGAAGCUUCUGAGCCUGCUGGAAAAGGCCCGGCUGAGCAGAGCCUUCAGCACCUUUCUGAUAAAGAGAGGAGAUGAAGAUCCUCUCGUGGGGCCGCUCUCCCCGCCGCAGGGUGACGACACCGACGGUCCAGAGCCAGAGGUGACCGCGGACGAGUCCCGACUGCAGCCGCGCUCCGAUGACGACGACACGGACUUCGAGGAAGACUCUCCAUGUGACUGGAUGCACCAAGCUGAGAAAAUGUUUUCAGAACAAUAAAUCCGAGCAGCUACAACCACAAGGCUCUUAUUAAUGUUUACAUUUCUACAAACCGAGCUUCGUCCGUGUGCCAUGCGACGUCUCGUCAGGUUCCAAAAAUAGUUUUUUUUUAAGCAGAAUUUUAAGCUCUGCUCUGUUUUUGUGGAUUUGUUAAUUGAAUCUU